GGCUCCCUCUUUCCGGAAGUGUGGGGGAGGAAAACCGCUAUCGUAGCAGCGGCGGCGGGCCUGGCCCGUCGGUUCGUCCGUCUCCGCCAUGUCCACCAUGGUUUUCGGGGCGAAAAGCUUCAAGCCGAGGCCGCCGGACAAGGGCGCCUUCCCCUUGGAUCACUUCGGCGAAUGUACGCUUUUCAAAGAAAAAUUCAUGAAGUGUCUGCAGGCAAAUCACUUUGAGAACGGAUUGUGCAGACAGGAGUCGAAAGAAUAUCUAGAAUGCCGAAUGGAGAGGGAACUGAUGGUCAAAGAGCCACUGGAAAAACUGGGAUUUAAAGACCUAAAGGAAGAGAAAUCCGAAGACCAACCGGAGACAGUGCAACAAAAAAAUCCCUCCUGACCUUUCGUCUUAAUCCCAGGAUCUGCAGUCGUACCUAUUGUACAUUGCCCCUUUUGCGUUUCGUUUUAAGAGAAAGUUAUUCUUGGAAAAGGUUACAGAAAUUCAGCAAAUGACAGCUUGGUAGGAAUGAUGGUGGGGUUUGUUUUCCAGCUGUUUCCGUAGUUUUGGGAUAGUUUUUCCUUUAAAAAAAAGAAAAGAAGAUUGCAGUGCUUUUGGAUAGACUGUUUGGACUGGUGUUGAUAUUAGAACAUUAAAAACUUAAGCCAAUAAUCAGAAAUUACGCUGUUAGAUUUCUGUACUCUGUACUGAGUUUUUAUUAAAAGGUUUAGCCUUA